AACGGUUUCCGGUUUCCUUUCCUCCAGUGUUAGACUAGCGGAAGCUUCCGGUCUGGGGUCUACGGUCUGUGAGCAGUGGCAGGUCCACCCUAAGUGACCCUCGUGGACACUCCAGGGGCCCCGUCUGUCCAGCUUUUCCGGCCGGGAAGGACGGCGAGAAGGACUUGGAAGAAAGGAGCCGAAGACUGAGGAUGCCCAAGAAGAAGACGGGCGCGCGCAAGAAGGCGGAGGGCCGCCGCGAGCGCGAGCGGCAGACUCGCGCCAGCAGGGAGCACGUGGACGUGGCCAAGCACCCGUGCAACGCGCCCAUGGAAUGUGAUAAGUGUCAGAGGCGACAGAAGAACAGAGCCUUUUGUUACUUCUGUGCUGCAGUACAGAAGUUACCCAUGUGUGCCCAGUGUGGCAAAACUAAAUGUAUGAAAUCCUCUGACUGUGUUAUAAAACACCCAGGGGUCCACAGCACUGGUAUGGCUAUGGUGGGAGCGGUAUGCGACUUCUGUGAGGCAUGGGUAUGCCACGGCAGGAAGUGUCUAAGCACUCACGCCUGCACUUGCCCUCUCUCGGAUUCGGACUGCAUUGAGUGCGAGAGAACAGUCUGGGAACAUGGAGGAAGAAUAUUCCGCUGCUCGUUCUGCCACAACUUCCUCUGCGAAGAUGACCAGUUUGAGCACCAAGCCAGCUGCCAGGUGCUGGAUGCAGAGACUUUCAAAUGUGUUUCCUGCAACAGACUGGGGCAACACUCUUGUCUCCGGUGCAAGGCCUGCUUCUGUGAUGAUCACACUCGCAGUAAAGUGUUCAAGCAGGAGAAGGGCAAGGCUCCGCCAUGUCCAAAAUGUGGGCACGAAACUCAGGAAACUAAAGACCUCAGCAUGUCCACCCGCUCUGUGAAGUUCGGCCGCCACGCUGGGUCCGAGCAGGGCUUCGGAGCCACUGGCUAUGACUCAUACUGGAGAAACAUGGCUUCCGGAGGUGACGACUACGAUGAUGAUGGUGAUGAGGAGGAAGAGGAUGAUGAUGAUGAAGAUUAUGAUGAAGAAGAAGAUCUGGACCAGCAGGAUGAAGAAGGAGAGGAGAAGGAGGCUGAUGCAGAAGUGGCUGGACCCCUUUCUGAGUUGCAUCUGGGCACCUCAGCCACCGGAGGGUCAGACUGAGACAGAAACUGGUUUAAUCUCUGUGUGACACAUGGGCCUUGAAUAUCAUUUUUAUCUGGGCACUAAUAUUGAACACGUCCUUUAGUUUAUUGCAUUCUCUGUAUUUGAACGUAGCAAUCAUUAAAAGACAGCAUAUCUCUCCAGUUCUGAUUGAUGCUUCCCCCCCCCCCAUUUGUGAUAUUGUGAUGACACUUAAUUUAACCUGUCAAAAACAAAUGUCUUCUUUUGGAGGAGAGUUGUAUAUUACAAGUAAUAGUGCUACUGACCAAGGUACAUGUGAGUAAACCACAGUGGUGAAUGAACUGCAUCCAGCAGACUGAAGUCCAGGAGGUGUUGCAACUUGCCUGUUAGACAUGCUGUUCAGGUUCCCCCAGAGCAUGUGAGUGACAGAGACAGUGUAUUCUACUGAUGUAUG